GAAAAGGUUGAAAGUCAAAGAGAAGUUCGAGCUAAGGAAGAAAAUGGAGAUAAUUAGGAGAUGUUUCACAUUGUUCAUACUUGUCAUAAUUCUGCAGGUUGGAGAGGGAAAAUUAUCUCAAGCCUUCUACAACUCCACUUGUCCAAAUGUGGAAUCUAUUGUAAGAAAGGUUGUAGAGGAAAAGUUUAGCCAAACCUUCGUCACCGUCCCCGCCACCCUACGACUGUUUUUCCAUGACUGCUUUGUCGAGGGUUGUGAUGCAUCGAUCAUGAUCGCAUCGCCAAAUGGGGAUGCAGAGAAGGAUGCUCCAGACAAUCUGUCCCUAGCAGGAGAUGGAUUCGAUACCGUAAUAAAGGCCAAGAAAGCAGUGGAAGCUAAAUGUCCUAAAGUAGUCUGUUGUGCAGACAUAUUGGCCAUUGCCACUAGAGAUGUUAUAGUCCUGGCUGGAGGUCCUUCAUUCGAAGUAGAAUUGGGACGUCGUGAUGGAUUUGUAUCGAAAGCAUCAAGGGUAGCCGGACAGCUACCGGGGGCUAAUUUCAAUCUCAGUCAACUCAACUCCAUGUUUGCCCAACACAACCUUACACAAACUGAUAUGAUUGCACUCUCAGGUGCUCAUACUGUAGGCUUCUCCCACUGCAGUCACUUCGCAAACCGCUUUUAUUCGUUUUCACCGUCUUCUCCCGUGGAUCCCGACCUCGAUCCUACAUACGUGAAACAAUUAAAGCAAGCGUGUCCUCAGAAUGUAGACCCCAGUAUCGCCAUCAACAUGGAUCCUGUAACCCCACGAACUUUUGACAAUAAGUACUUCAAGAAUCUGGUUGCUAAGAAGGGAUUGUUUACAUCAGACGAGGUGCUGUACACUAAUCGAGCAUCUAGACCAACAGUGGUUCGAUUUUCGAAGAAACAAAAUGUGUUUAAAGAAGCCUUCAUUGCAGCAAUGAGGAAGCUUGGAAGGGUGGGAGUUAAGACUGGUAAACACGGAGAGAUAAGAGUAGACUGCACAGCCUUUAACUAAGGAGCUUCAUAUUACCUUUCAUUGUUUGUCUUCAUUAGAUAAUAAGCAUUCAUUCAAAAUGAUUAAUUCUUGAUCAUUUAUUUACAUAUAUUGUAAUUUAGACAAUAAAAGGACAGUUUGCAGUUACAAACUUGUAUACUUGUCUUUGUUAUGCAAUAAAGUAUUCCAUUAGCUGGCAGCAAACUUGUUUAAUUGGCCAUGCAAUUGGAAAAAAGAAUAAAUAUGUAAUUUUGAACCCAAGUGUUGCUUUAAACAAAAGAUU